AUGCAGUUGUUCGCGCACCUGCUGCGAGUGGCAACCGCUCUCCUACUACCAAUUGGAACCGUCGCCCAGGAAUGCUCAAGCCGCGAGAACUAUACGGCUCGCAACCAGACAGAGAUCGACACGAUUACCCAAAACUGCACCACAAUCGUGGGCGAGCUUGGUCUUGUUGACUGGUCUGGGCCGCUAACACUACCCAAUAUCACACGCAUCAGGAGUAUCCGAGUCUACUCUGGCGACAUCACUGCCAUUGAGCUCCCUGCUUUAACAUACCUGGGUAGUGAUCUGCUCCUCACGAACCUGCCUUCGCUGCGUAGAGUAUCUUUGCCUGAAUUACAGCAUAUCGAAGGACUCUACGUAGACCUCGUGGGCAAUGCACCGGAGCUGCAUAUUCCAAGAUUGACUAAUGCAUCGUCCAUUUAUCUACGAGGCAAUUUUUCAGAUCAAUCGUUUCAUUCCUUGCGCAAUGUUGAAAAGAAACUCGAUAUUUGUAACGCCGUCAGCUGCGGAUACUAUUCCCGUAUGAACGCAUUCACCUCAAUGCGUCUCUCAUUCCCGUCCCUUGAGCGUGCCGGUAGCCUCAUAGUUGGCGGGAACGUGUCAAGCCUGUCACUGCCUGAACUCACCACCCUUACCUGCAAUGAUUGUGACUGGGUGGCGCUGCAUCUGAAGCUCUACGGCUCCUCACGAUUACCAGUCAACCUCCCCAAGCUCGCUAAUACAAACGGAUCUCUCUAUAUCCGAGGGGAUAUCGACUCAAUAUCCCUUCCCUCCCUGCGAGAAUACAACCGCGAGCUCAUUAUGACUCCCUACGAGCCGCUAGAUAUAACUCUACCCGUGGAGCGAGCAGAGGAUUUUUCGUUCACGGGUAAUGUCUCGAGUUUAACGGAUUUCACCCGUAUAUAUAUUAACUCAGAUCUUGAUUUCGACUGCGACGCGCUCUGGAAGGAUCUCGAACAGACAAGCGGGCCGCUGAAUGAGAGUAGCAAGGAGGAGUACUUUCAGUGUUCGGUGGGCGUGUCCUGGCAGCCAGGAGGCUCGCAGGCGGCCACAGCUGUUGCUGCGCUUGGUCUUGGUUUUGUUAUGGGACUCUUAAUAUGA